GGAACCGGUCGCCGCGGCCACUGCCGUCCGGGAAGGUCCCAGGGCGGUCAUGGCCUCGCGAGGCGCCCGCCCCGGCCUGCACUCGCAGCGCCCCGCGCAGUAGCCCCGAGGAGAGGCGGCCUGGACGUCGCGGACGGCCGGGCGGGCAGCAUGGAGGAGGCGCACCUGCUUUCGGCUGCGGACGUUCUGCGUCGCUUCUCGGUGACAGCCGACGGCGGCUUGAGCCCGGAGCAGGUGACAGAAACGCGGGAGCGCUACGGCCCUAACGAACUGCCUACUGAGGAAGGGAAGUCCCUGUGGGAGCUGGUGCUGGAGCAGUUCGAGGACCUCUUGGUGCGCAUCCUGCUGCUGGCAGCCCUGGUCUCCUUUGUCUUGGCCUGUUUCGAGGAGGGUGAGGAGACUACGACCGCCUUUGUGGAGCCCCUAGUCAUCAUGCUGAUCCUCGUGGCCAAUGCGAUUGUGGGAGUGUGGCAGGAACGCAAUGCUGAGAGUGCCAUUGAGGCCUUGAAGGAGUACGAGCCCGAGAUGGGUAAGGUGAUCCGCUCUGAUCGCAAGGGUGUGCAGAGAAUCCGAGCCCGGGACAUCGUCCCUGGGGACAUUGUGGAAGUGGCAGUGGGAGACAAGGUGCCUGCCGACCUCCGCCUUAUCGAGAUCAAGUCCACCACACUUCGAGUGGACCAGUCCAUCCUGACAGGGGAAUCCGUGUCUGUGACCAAGCACACGGAUGCCAUUCCAGACCCCCGAGCCGUGAACCAGGACAAGAAGAACAUGCUAUUUUCUGGCACCAAUAUUGCAUCAGGGAAAGCCCUGGGUGUGGCUGUGGCCACAGGCCUGCACACAGAGCUGGGCAAGAUUCGGAGCCAGAUGGCAGCUGUGGAGCCUGAGCGAACGCCACUGCAGCGCAAGCUGGAUGAAUUUGGGAGGCAGCUGUCCCACGCCAUCUCUGUGAUCUGCGUGGCUGUGUGGGUCAUCAACAUUGGCCACUUUGCUGACCCAGCCCAUGGUGGAUCCUGGCUUCGUGGUGCCGUCUACUACUUCAAGAUUGCCGUCGCCCUCGCUGUGGCUGCCAUCCCUGAGGGCCUCCCGGCAGUCAUCACGACGUGCCUGGCACUCGGCACAAGGCGUAUGGCACGUAAGAAUGCCAUUGUACGGAGCCUGCCCUCUGUGGAGACCCUGGGCUGCACCUCCAUCAUCUGCUCUGACAAGACAGGGACACUCACCACCAACCAGAUGUCUGUCUGCAGGAUGUUCGUGGUAGCUGAAGCAGAGGCAGGCACCUGUCGUUUGCACGAAUUCACCAUCUCGGGCACCACGUACACCCCAGAGGGCGAAGUGCGCCAAGGCGAGCAGCCUGUGCGCUGUGGGCAGUUUGAUGGACUUGUGGAGCUGGCGACCAUCUGCGCCCUUUGCAAUGAUUCCGCACUGCAUUACAAUGAGGCCAAGGGCGUGUAUGAGAAGGUAGGAGAGGCCACGGAGACAGCGCUGACUUGCCUAGUAGAAAAGAUGAACGUGUUUGACACGGACCUGAAAGCACUGUCCCCGGUGGAGCGUGCUGGAGCCUGCAACUCGAUCAUCAAGCAACUCAUGCGGAAGGAGUUCACCCUUGAGUUCUCCCGGGACCGGAAGUCCAUGUCUGUGUACUGCACACCUGCCUGUCCUGACCCCAAGGCCCAGGGCAGCAUGAUGUUUGUGAAGGGAGCUCCUGAGAGCGUAAUUGAGCGCUGUAGUUCAGUUAGAGUGGGGAGCAAAACAGCCCCUCUGACCACCGUCUCCAGAGAACAUAUCCUGGCCAAGAUCCGGGAUUGGGGCUCAGGCUGUGACACACUGCGAUGCUUGGCACUGGCCACCAGGGACACACCCCCAAGGAAGGAGGACAUGCAACUGGACGACUGUAGCCGGUUUGUGCAGUAUGAGACAGACCUGACCUUCGUGGGCUGUGUGGGCAUGUUAGACCCUCCAAGACCAGAGGUUGCUGCAUGUAUCAAACGCUGCUCCCGGGCAGGCAUUCGGGUGGUCAUGAUCACAGGGGACAACAAAGGCACAGCUGUGGCCAUCUGCCGCCGACUUGGCAUCUUUGGGGACACAGAGGAUGUGCUGGGCAAGGCCUACACAGGCCGUGAAUUUGAUGACCUCAGCCCAGAGCAGCAGCGCCAGGCUUGCCGUACCGCCCGCUGCUUUGCCCGUGUGGAGCCCGCACACAAGUCUCGAAUCGUGGAGAACCUGCAGUCCUUUAAUGAGAUCACUGCCAUGACAGGUGAUGGGGUGAAUGACGCCCCAGCCCUGAAGAAGGCAGAGAUCGGCAUCGCCAUGGGGUCAGGCACUGCUGUGGCCAAAUCAGCAGCAGAGAUGGUACUGUCAGAUGACAACUUUGCCUCCAUUGUGGCUGCAGUAGAGGAAGGCCGGGCCAUCUACAACAACAUGAAGCAAUUCAUCCGCUACCUCAUCUCCUCCAAUGUUGGCGAGGUUGUCUGCAUCUUCCUCACAGCAAUUCUGGGCCUGCCCGAAGCCCUGAUCCCUGUGCAGCUGCUCUGGGUGAACCUAGUGACAGAUGGCCUACCUGCCACGGCACUUGGCUUCAACCCGCCAGAUCUGGACAUCAUGGAGAAGCUGCCCCGGAACCCCCGAGAGGCUCUCAUCAGUGGCUGGCUUUUUUUCCGAUAUUUGGCUAUUGGAGUGUAUGUAGGCCUGGCUACUGUGGCUGCUGCCACCUGGUGGUUCCUGUAUGACUCCGAGGGACCUCGAGUCACCUUCUAUCAGCUGAGGAACUUCCUGAAGUGCUCCGAAGAAAACCCGCUCUUCGCCGGUAUUGACUGCGAGGUGUUUGAGUCCCGCUUCCCCACAACCAUGGCCCUUUCUGUGCUUGUGACCAUUGAAAUGUGCAACGCCCUCAACAGUGUCUCAGAGAACCAGUCACUGCUGCGCAUGCCGCCCUGGCUGAAUCCUUGGCUGCUGGGGGCUGUGGUCAUGUCCAUGGCCCUGCACUUUCUCAUCCUCCUGGUGCCGCCUCUGCCUCUUAUUUUCCAGGUGACCCCACUGAGCGGCCGGCAGUGGGGGGUGGUGCUCCAGAUGUCUCUGCCUGUCAUUCUGCUCGAUGAGGCCCUCAAAUAUCUGUCCAGGAAUCACAUGGAUGAAAAAAAGGACCUGCAGUAACCCUGGGAGCAGAGCGGAGCCUCCAGUGUGCGCCUCAGACUGAUAGUGUCCGAGCAUUCAUCCUCAUUCCCGCCUGCCACCACACCCAGCCACCAGGCUCCUGGACCCUGCUGAACAGAGCAGCCCUGAAACAAGACCGCCACCUCCAUGCCCAGUCCCAGGUUCCUGUCUCCACUCCCUUCUGCUCUGACCCAGAAGCUGAGCCCAGGAUGGGCAGCUAAGAAGCCAGAGCUGACUGCAGGGCCACCCCACUUUCCCCCACAGCUCUGCAACCUUUCCCCUGCUCACUCGGCGUGCUUGGUAACUAGUACCUCUGCCCUGACGGAGGACUCCCGGGCCUUCUCACAGACUCUGACCUCUUACUUAGUUUGGAUCUGCAGCCUGGUCAGCUGUGGGAAGGAGGAGGCAGGGGGGCCCAGCUGGGCCCAGCUGUGAGCAUGAGGAGGGACAGCCUUCCGCUUGGCUCUGCCUCCACCAAGUCCACUCCUGAGAGCCGGAGCCUGUGUCUGUUUAUACAUGUGCCGGCCCCAGGGGGUUGAGGGAUCACAGACAGAUAGGAACAUAAGAAGCAGGCGGAGGGCCUGGAUGAGGACUCCCUUUCCAAGGAGGCAGCUGGUUUCCACAGCUCAGGUUGAUCCGGGUGCCCUGGUGCCUGAGACUGAGGACAUCCCUGGGUCCAUGGCAGCUCGUUCUGCCACUAGUCUGGCAUUAGGCCAUGCCACUUGCUGCAGGGCUGGGGGAUUGAGUCUCCUGGAUCCCUGCCAUUACUUCUUGCCCCGCUCUUUCCAUCAUACAUCUUUGAGUCAAAUAUAUGUCCCUAGGAAAUGACUCCGAAAGGGACUUCCUCCCAUACCUCCCCACUGAAAGAAAGUAUCUCAUGGGAGAUUUAUCAGAUAAACUUGUUUUGGUGUUAUUUGGGAUUUUUUUUUUCCUCUUAACUCUGCUGUUGCUCCUUUGACAAAAACUAGCUAAGUAAGUAAGGAUCACAGAAAACGGAUCUGGGUGACCUAGCUCUUCCUUGAGUGUGUACAAUGCGAUUGUUUUAUAUGUAAAUCAAGAUUCACAUCACUGUCCUGACCCCCAGUAAAAGCCUGCCUUGCCGACAGACAAACUCCACGGGUGACGGCCCGCUCUCCUGCACAUCCUCCCUCCCCUCUGGUGGGAUCUGGAGGGGCCUCAGAGAGAAACAGAGUUGGAGGGAUGGUUUGGCAGGAGCAAAGCGCGAGGCCCACCUGCUGACGUGCUUUCUGGUAGAGAAAUAAAGGCGUGUGUCUGGGCUAUUGGA